GCCUGUCUCGUACGGGCUGCUGCCGCCGUCGGAUCGGCCAGUUGGUCCUACUUUCCUCGUGUCUCUUUGCCCGCGAACUUCGCAAGAACCGUCCCUCGAACGUCACUUUUCCAUUUGCGAACUUCCCGCAUGUUCCAGGCCAGCGACGACGACGCCAAUCCCUGCGGCUUUGUCCAAGGUCGUGACGACAACUAUGACAUGGCGCUGCAUAUCGGUGCCAUCUUUAUCAUCCUCGCCUUCUCGCUCGUGGGGUCGCUCCUGCCCGUGCUCUCCAAGCACCUCGCGUGUUUGAAGCAAAUGGCCACCAUCAUGUCGUAUGUCAAUGCGUUUGGCGUCGGCGUUGUCAUUGCGACCGCGCUCGUGCACAUGCUUCCGCCGGCCAACGACGCACUCAACAACGCGUGCCUCGGUCUCUCGUACCCGGGCUUGGCCAACGUCAUUGCGGUCGUAGCCAUCCUCUUGCUGCAGUGCCUUCAGACCGAGCUCACGGCGCGGUUUGCCGCCCCAGCGUGCGUCAACAAUGACGCCGAAGCACCCACCGCAGACGUCAAGGGCGCCGAGUCGCCGUCGCACCAGUUUCACAGCCACGGCCACAUCCUGACUGCGCCGUCGACGGCCGCCAACAGUCGGAAGAUUUCCGUCUUGAUCUUUGAGCUCGGUGUCGCGAUCCACUCGGUCAUCAUUGGCCUCAACCUCGGUGUCGCGUCUGGCACAACGUUCACGACGCUCCUUACGGCCAUUUGCUUUCACCAGUUCUUUGAAGGUGUUGCGGUCGGGUCCUCAGCGCUGCUCGCUUUCGACGAGCUCAAGGCGACGCUUUGGACCGUCCUUGGGUACACGCUGACGACGCCGCUCGGUAUUGUAAUUGGCAUUGGUGUCUCAACGACGUACUCGCCGACGACAGCGACGGCGCUGUGGGUGCAAGGCUGCCUGGAUGCGCUCGCGGCUGGCAUUUUGAUCUACACGGGCAUUGUCGAGCUCUUGACGAACCAGUACACCAACAACCACGAGUUCCAUGCCAAGUCUAGCAGCAGUCGGCUCUUGACGUACGCAUUCGUGGCCGCCGGUGCCUGCGCCAUGUCGAUUGUCGGCUACUGGACAUAAACCGGAUCGUCCUUGGCGCGUUCUAUCUACUCUACCACAUAUAUAUAAGAGGUUGUGUUGUUAAAUGUUUCCAGCGUCGACUCCAACACGGCUAUAGAACUAGAAUGAUUUAUGAUUUAACAUGGCGGGGCGAGGGAAUCAAAGUGGAAACAAGAGCGCGCG